UUUCCAAAAUACCCAAUCGAGUGUUCUAGAACAAAGGAAGAGAGAGGAAACGAGCCCCCCACGAAUACUCCUUAUUACCAACCUUCUCGUCUUCCCACCAAACCAUUCGAUCUGCAGCGAAAAUCUCACAAGAGAAGAAAACUGUAGGAAAUCUCAAGAUCCCAGUUUCGCAUCUCCGACGGUGGAGAUCGAUUGACGAGGGAGGACAGGAUGAGCGUGGUUGGCUUCGAUUUGGGCAACGAGAGCUGCAUCGUUGCUGUGGCCCGCCAGCGAGGCAUCGAUGUCGUCCUCAAUGACGAGUCGAAGCGCGAGACUCCCGCCAUUGUCUGCUUCGGCGACAAGCAACGGUUCAUCGGCACGGCAGGGGCCGCCUCCUCCCUCAUGAACCCUAAGAACACUGUCUCUCAGAUCAAACGCCUCGUUGGCCGUCCUUUCUCCGAUCCCGAGCUGCAGCGGGACAUACGCGCCCUCCCCUUUUCUGUUGCCGAGGGCCCUGAUGGGUUCCCCCUCAUCCAUGCCCGGUAUCUAGGCGAAUCUCGGGCGUUCACUCCGACUCAGCUCCUGGGCAUGGUUCUCUCCAAUUUGAAGGGCAUUGCGCAGAAUAAUCUCAAUGCUGCCGUUGUUGACUGCUGCAUUGGGAUUCCGGUGUACUUCACCGAUCUCCAACGUCGGGCGGUUAUGGAUGCGGCGACCAUUGCGGGUUUGCAUCCUCUGCGGUUGAUCCACGAGACAACCGCCACGGCCCUUGCAUAUGGAAUUUACAAGACGGAUUUGCCCGAGAACGAUCAGCUGAAUGUCGCAUUCGUUGAUGUGGGCCAUUCCAGCAUGCAGGUAUGCAUAGUUGGGUUCAAGAAGGGCCAGCUUAAGAUCCUGGCCCAUGCAUUUGACCGGUCGCUCGGUGGAAGGGACUUCGAUGAAGUCCUGUUCCAUCACUUCGUCGCAAAGUUUAAGGAGCAGUAUAAGAUCGAUGUCUACCAGAAUGUGCGGGCCUGCCAGAGGCUGCGGACUGCAUGCGAGAAGCUGAAGAAGAUGCUUAGUGCGAAUGCCGAGGCACCGAUUAACAUUGAGUGCUUGAUGGAUGAGAAAGAUGUGAGGGGGUUCAUAAAAAGGGACGAGUUUGAGCAGAUCAGUGUUCCGAUCCUGGAAAGGGUGAAGGGGCCUUUGGAAAAGGCUCUUGCAGAGGCUGGAAUUGGCCUGGAGAAUAUUCAUGCGGUUGAGGUGGUUGGAUCGGGUUCGCGGGUCCCGGCAAUCAUCAAAAUACUGACUGAGUUCUUCGGGAAGGAGCCGAGGCGCACCAUGAAUGCGAGUGAGUGUGUUGCCCGUGGAUGCGCGCUCCAGUGUGCUAUUCUGAGUCCCACGUUCAAAGUGCGGGAGUUUCAGGUCAACGAGAAUUUCCCCUUCCCCAUUGCAUUAUCUUGGAAAGGCUCUGCCCCUGAUUCACAGAAUGGUGCUGGAGAUCACCAGCAGAACACUGUUGUGUUCCCCAAGGGAAAUCCAAUACCCAGUGUCAAGGCUUUGACGUUUUACAGAUCUGGCACAUUUACCGUUGAUGUUCAUUAUGCCGAUGUGAAUGAACUGCGAGCACCAUCAAAGAUUAGCACGUACACUAUUGGUCCUUUCCAAUCUGCUAAAGGUGAGCGUGCAAAACUGAAAGUAAAAGUUCGCCUGAGUCUUCAUGGCAUUGUCUCUAUUGAGUCAGCGACUCUGUUAGAAGAGGAAGUUGAGGUUCCUGUAUCAACUGGGAAGGAGCCAACGACGGAGGCUACGAAAAUGGACACAGAUGAGGUUCAAAAUGAUGCUGCUCCUGCAGGUACAGGUGAAGUUGAUGCAAAUAUGCAGGAUACUAAAGGUGCCAGUGAUUCUUCAAGCACUGGAGUUGAAAAUGGUGCUCCUGAAUCUGAGGACAAGCCUGUGCAGAUGGAAACGGAUGCCAAGGUUGAGGCAGUAAAGAAAAAGGUAAAGAAACUGAACAUCCCAGUUGCAGAGUUGGUAUACGGUGGGAUGGUACCUGUGGAUGUGCAGAAAGCAGUGGAGAAGGAAUUUGAGAUGGCUCUCCAAGACAGGGUCAUGGAAGAAACAAAGGACAAAAAGAAUGCUGUUGAAGCAUAUGUUUAUGACAUGAGAAACAAGCUCCAUGACAAGUAUCAUGACUUUGUGACUCCUGUGGAGAGGGAUGGUUUAUCUGCAAAACUUCAGGAAACAGAGGAUUGGUUGUAUGAAGAUGGCGAGGACGAAACUAAGGGUGUUUACAUUGCAAAGCUUGAGGAACUCAAGAAGCAAGGUGACCCCAUUGAGGUACGUUACAAGGAGAAUUCAGAGCGCGGCCCAGUGAUUGAUCAACUCGCCUAUUGCAUCAAUAGCUUCAGAGAGGCAGCUUUGUCCAAAGAGCCCAAGUUCGAUCACAUUGACAUAGCCGAAAAACAGAAGGUUGUUAAUGAGUGUGGGCAAGCAGAGGCAUGGCUGAGGGAGAAAAGGCAGCAGCAGGAUGCUUUGCCUAAGCAUGCGAAUCCAGUUCUGUUAUCGGCUGAUGUGAAGAGGAAGGCUGAGACACUCGACAGGUUUUGCAGGCCAAUAAUGAUGAAAUCAAGGCCCCCACCAGCCAAACCACAAGCAUCUGGUGAGACACCACCGCCUCAACCGCAAACGUCCGAGCCACAAUCUGAAGGCAGUGACAAUAGCACUGAGAACUCAUCGGAUGAUACUGCUCAGGGCCCACCGCCUGAGAUGGAGCCAAUGGACACUGACAAGGCAGAGAGUGUCCCAGAUCAUGCGUGAUCGUGUUAAUUUAGAUUCUAGGGUUGUGUUUCCGAUUCAUUUAAAGCUAAUCCCCACCUGUAAUAUCAUUUCUGUUUUAGCCUGCCGUUUGAGUAGGGCUAAAACUGCCGAUGGGGGUUACACUCGUGGGAAAUUUUUAAUAUGUUUGGAAGUUUGAGACUGACUGCUGCUUCUUUGCGGUCGCCCUUUUCACUUAUAUCAAUAGCGGUCUCUAGAAUCCGGUUUUGGAGGGGUUUUUAAGAGAAAAUGAUACUGUUGGAUGAAGAUGAUGAUGCCGACUCAUCUCCCCUUUUUUUUCUUUUUUUUGGAGAGAGAGCACCUUUAUUGAUGCAUUA